AUGCUCCUCGGAGGCUGGCUCCUGCUGGCCUUCAAUGCAAUUUUCCUCCUGUCCUGGGCUGUGGCCCCCAAAGGGCUGUGCCCAAGAAGAAACAGUGUUCCAAUGCCGGGGGUGCAGGCAGUGGCAGCUACCGCCAUGAUUAUGGGUCUGCUGGUUUUUCCAAUCGGCCUUGCCUCCCCAUUCGUCAAGGAAGUCUGCGAAGCCUCCUCCAUGUAUCACGGUGGGAAGUGCCGUCUGGGUUGGGGUUACACGACCGCUAUCCUCAAUGUAGUCCUGGCCAGCCUCCUGCCCAUCAUCAGCUGGCCCCACAGGACCAAGGUCCAAGGGAGGACCAUCAUCUUCUCCAGGGCCACCGAGAGAAUCAUCCUUGUGCCAGAAAUGAACAAAUAA